UCCCAUACAAGGGAGCAGAAAGGUAGCAGAAAGGCUCGGUGAGAGCUAUACCCCCGCCCCCCCCCCAAACCAAUCAACUCAGAGAGCCACUGGCUCCUUCAGGAUCUCCGGAGGGCAGAGCUUCACUUGAACAACAGGAGACAGACAAAGCUGAAAAUGGCACGGGCAGGAAGACCGUUUUCCCUGAUCUACACUGGAAUUCUCCUCGUGUUAUCACCAGAGUUUCUGGGGGCCGGCCCGGUGAGGCAGAAUGUGGAGGAGGAGGCAUCUUCAGUAUCCAGGGAUGUCCGCAGCAAGAGGAGUCUUCCUGUUCACAUGCCCGUCCUCCAGCGGCUCCCUGACUUCUGGGGAUGGUACAGAUUCUUCAUGGAUACUGGCAACCAGGAAGGAAUCGAGGAUCUGGACAAGAUGUACAUGAUCUACCUGCAGAACAAGCACCGCUCCGAGGAGGGUCCCACCUUCAACCACUACCUCACCCACCUCAGUGCUAUCUACAAGACCUGCGCCGAAUCCGACGACCCAGAGUGCAUCGCCGAGUCCACCAGCAAGCCCAAGGCCAAGGUGUUGAUGCCCUCGCCCAUCAAGACCGCCACAGUCGGAAUGUGCAACCCUUAUAUCGACCCCUACUGCCUCUUCCCCAUGGCCCCUAAGAUGGCUGCCCCAAAGCCUCCUCUGACUCCAGCCCCGGCUCCGGUCAAAGCUGCCCCAGUGCCUGUCCUGAACCCCUUCCUGCCGUACCCUCUGAAGACCCCCACAGGGUUCUACGCCCCAGUCCUGGAGCCCUUCCUCACCGCUGAGCAGAAGACAGAGCUGCUGCGUAUCUGUAACCCUGACGACACAGAAUGUCUGCAGUACCACCUGCGCGCCGCCUACGGCUACAGGCCCGCUACUGGACCCGCCCCGUCCUAUGCUGCCCUGGGCUGCAAUCCCACCAAGGACCCCUACUGCCGGCCUCAGCUGGUGGAGAAGGGCCCCUCCGGCUUCUUCCACCUGUACCCCACCUGCGACCCGGCCACCGACCCCCUGUGCAUGGCUAGCGUAGCGACCCCUCCUCCCACUUCCCUGGAGACCCCCAAGGAGCAGCACUGCAACCCCCUCUUCGACAAGGGCUGCAACCCCCUCACCGCCACCAAGCUGGCGGGCCUCACCAAGCCCGUCCUGGAGUACACGCCAAAAGACGUACCGGCACCAGCCCCCGCCCCUUUGGCGUGUGACCCGCGCUACGACCCAUACUGCCUGCUUGGUGCUGCCGCCGCCCUCUAUAAGGCCCCCCCAGCACUGCCUCAGUUCCAGAUCCGCUCCCGCCUGGGCGUCCUCGGGAAGACCAAGGAGGGCCAUGACUGCUACGUGCACUACGACAAGGACUGCACUCCUGUGAAGGCCAGCAACGAACCCAAGGCCCCCGCCGUACCCCAGUGCCACCCCUACGAUUUCACCUGCAACGGCAUGUCCGCCCCCGUUACCCUCACCUCUGAGGCCAACAAGGCCAAGAGCGGUGUGAUCUUGCCCGAUCCCGACUGCGACCCUGAAUACGACUACAACUGCCGCCUUCGUCGCGCCGAGGACUCCCCCGCUGCGAUGGAAUCCAAGACCAAGGAGCCCAAGGAGGAGCAGGUGCAGCAGAAGGCAGGGCCCGGGUACGCUGUCCCACAGUUCGAAGACUUCCUGAGGAGUUACAUGGCCAUGGGUCAGUACAGGAAGAAGUACAUUUAAAAAAACACACGUCACACAAAUGUCAACUAGACGCUAGAACGCUAGAACUGGAAGAAAGUGAGACAAGUUCAUGUUUUACACACACACACACACACACUCACUCACUC